CGAAUGAACAGCAGCGCCGCACCCAGGGCGAUGCGUCAAUUUGCGUGGAAAGCAACAUGUCGUACUUUGCCUAAUCAGAUCGUAGACAGCUCAUCUCUCCACGAUAACUAAAUAUAUCUCUCGCCUGUCUGCUCGUCGCGAAUCCUGCUUGCGACUCCCGAAUGCGUCGACGUUCCCGCGCGAUUAUGACACCGCGCCGCGAGUCCAUAUCCGAUAUAUCCUCACCGUCGCCGAGGCGAACAUAACCCCGAGACAAUGAACCACCCUGUUUCCGAGACAUUCUCCUAAUCGCGUGCGAGCGAGAAAGAACGGGCUUUGUGCGUCAGCGAAUAGAUAUUCCGAUCGUUUUGGGCUGAAAAGGAAGAUCGACAUGGGACUGCUGUUUGCCAAGCUGUGGAGCUUCUUCGGUAACGAAGAGCAUAAGAUAGUUAUGGUCGGUCUAGACAAUGCUGGAAAGACAACUAUAUUGUACCAAUUCCUAAUGAACGAAGUUGUUCAUACUUCUCCAACUAUUGGAUCUAACGUGGAGGAAGUAGUGUGGAAGAAUAUACAUUUUAUUAUGUGGGAUUUGGGUGGCCAGCAAAGUCUGAGGGCUGCCUGGUCCACUUACUACACAAACACUGAGUUUAUCAUUAUGGUCAUAGACAGUACAGACCGAGAACGACUUGGUGUAAUUAGAGAAGAGUUGUAUUCGAUGUUGAAUCACGAGGAAUUGAGCAAGGCCAAUGUUCUGGUGUAUGCCAACAAGCAAGACUUGAAGGGCAGCAUGACCGCGGUCGAGAUUUCGAGACAAUUGGAUCUGACAUCUAUCAAAAAGCAUCAGUGGCAUAUACAAAGUUGUUGCGCUCUCACAGGAGAGGGAUUAUACCAGGGACUGGAGUGGAUUGUUGGACGCUUGAAAAAGACAUGACGUACAUUAUGAGAAGCGAUUAUAAAUCUAAUGAAAUAUCCAAAAUGUAAAAUAUAUUAUUAAGAUAAGUAUUUCUCAGUUACACACUUUGACAGUUGCACGAAAGAGAAAGAUAGCCUAGGGACUGUCGUAUUUCGUUCGUCAUUAUUUAAAUCUCUCGGUAUAACUCUCAAAGUGCAUCCAAUCGCGUUAUUAUCACAGCAAGCAUUUCAACGAACGGUGGACGGGUGAAUCUGCUCUUAAACUAUUAUAUCGCGAAAGUAAGAUAUAAACGUAAUAUAAACAUGCGGCCAUUUACGCAAUAGAGAGAAAGUUCGGUAUUAAUUAUUAUGUGUUAAAGUAUGUGACUAUAGUACCAAGUUUUCUCUUGUCUAUAAUACAGUCAAAAAUAAAUGAAGAUAGAAAAAUAUAUAGACAAAAUAAACAAAGACAAAGUAUUAAAUGCGCAUAUAAAAAAAAAAAUCACUUUUUUAUUCGCAAGGAACGUACGAAACAUGCACACUUGUACUGAUUAUCAUAAUUAAAUGUAUCGAGCCAUCAUUCCAUAGUUUGAUUGCUUCCAUUAAAAAAAUUAUCGAUUAUUGCUUAUGCAAAUUAUUAUAUAGUGAGCAUGAUACUUUAUCCCGUCCACCCACAGUGUAAAACAGACAGAUGAAGAUAACUAACGUUAUUUGUACUCAGUUGAAAUAAGAACACAACAGAAGUGCACCUGUGUACAUAGUUUUUUAUACUUCUCGUUAAGAGAGCGAGCUAUGUAGAAAAAAAAGUGGAGAAAAAAGGAACUUCAGACGGGAGUACGAUAUUGUACGUUUCCGUACGUAAGGGCCCGAGCAGAUUCGCGGCAAGGUCAUCCGAUCGAUGAGAAACCUUUCGUGGCAGAAUACGAACUGUUCUGUGAUAUGUGGAUUCAAUUCUGAGACAGUUGUUUGCUGGUCAGAAAUGAGAGAUACGAAUUAUGCGUCGCGUGGAAAGUAAAAAAGAAAAAAGAAUUAACAGAUAAAGCCGAUAAUGCGUGAAGGAAAAUUGAUAAUAUUCUCCAAGGUGUAACGCACAGAUAGUAUCGCGAUAGGUGAAUGAAAAUCUUUGAAUCAAAAAAAAUCGUCUGCAUUCUCACUGAUUGUUUGCUUAUUCCUUUCAAUUUAUUCCAUUUUAUUCUUUUUAGAUCAAUCAAGAUCUGCUUAAAAGCUUUUUAAUCUUAAUUAUAUGUUAUUAUUAUAAUUAUUGUAAAUAGUUAUUAUAAUUAUUCUUUAAUUUUAUCGUCUUAAGCUCAUCUUUCCAUUCACCCGCGAUUACUAUAUGCCAGAAUGACGAAAGGGACAUUCGCGAAAUUGUACGGAAUUUCCUUGUCCCCCAACUGACAGCUGUCUCGUUUUUGUCUUUAUUUAAAUAGUAAAUGUAACAUUUAUCUUUUAUGUAGUGCAUAAAAUACUCCAAUAGAUAUACUAUUAAUAUUGUGUAGCUUAUAUGAAGAAAAUUAAACUGUAUCAAUGCUGAGAAAUUACCGAUAUGAGAGACGGGUAUACACUAAGAUUAUUAUAGGAAAUUGUUAUUAACAUCACCGCGGGAGAAAUAAUAAUGCCGUCUAAUGUCAGAGUGAGAUCUUAAUGCUUAAAAGUUAUAUAAAAAUUAAUAACGUCAACUUUCUCAUAUUGAGAGAGAAACGAUUUCUUAGAUGUUGAUGACAUAAGAAUUGUGUGCACGUUGUUUCUACGUAGAAAUUCUAUACGCGGAGCUAUUAUAUUGAACUUAUCCUCGGAUAUGUCCGUCUUCUUUAUGUAAUUGUGUAAAAAAUUUUCUGAAAUGUAAAGUACAAGAUAUAGGUUGUUUUAAUACUAAUCGAUUGUUGGCGAAGCAAGUACGCGCGUAAAAAAAGAUGUAAUUCGUGUUGGUUUUGCGAGUUCCAUACAAGACUCGAUUUGUCGGAAUAACGAUUAAAAUUCGAAAAAUCACACACUCCAUUUUCGCGAUCUAUUGGUCUUUAUCUAAUAUUAUUGUAUAAUAUAUGUAAGUCUCAAGGAGGAGUGUCUCUUGUACAAUUUUAUUAAAUAAUAACAAAAUGGCUAAAAUGUGUGAUAUCAAAUAAAUCAAUUUCUAUCAAUAAAAAACCCAAA